AUGGAGUUUUUACAUAGACUAGAGUAUCAUAAUUUACCCUUUUUGUAUUCAGUUUAUAAAUCUGACUUAGCUGAUGAUAUAAAUAGUUUAUCUGUUGCCACCAAUGGCACUAAGUCAUUUUAUCAAUGUUCAGAUAAUGGAGGAUUCUCCCUUUUAUCCCCAUAUUAUAAUGAUAUUUCUCCUUGUUUCGUUCAAGGGAUCUUAUUAGGAUUCAUGGGAUUCUUUGCCAUUGUAUUUGGAUCCCAUCAAGUAAGGAAAUUAUACACUGCCAAAGUAUCUAACAAUAGAGUAUCACCACUUUUCUAUAUGAAAUUGUUAUUGGUAGGGUUACAAAUUGUGUUUCAGGUCUUGUUGAUGGUCAAUUAUCCUACUGUGGAUAUCAUCAGUACGGUUUUAUCUGUCAAUUUGGUAGGGUUGGUGAUUGUUUUAUCAUUACAUUAUAUUGAAAAUUUCAAAGCUUCCAUCCCCAAUGGAGUAUUAUUGUUUUAUUGGUUAUUUUCAUUACUUUUCAAUCUUUUGAAAGUUGUUAACUUCACUGUUAGAGACUCUCAUUCCAAAAGUUUCACCUUCACUGUGUUACAAGUGGUUAAUUCAUUAUUCUUAUUGGUAUUAGAAUUAACUGUACCUUUCAAUCCAAAUGCUUUUUCUUCCAAAGUUAGUCCUUAUGAUCAAGCCAACUUGUUUUCUAGAAUCAUCUUUGUAUGGAUGUCAGGAUUAAUGAAGAAAGGGUACGAAAAGUUCUUAACUGAAGAAGAUUUACCUCAAUUACCUCAAGAAUUGAAAGCUACUUCCACCACCGAUACAUUUUAUCAUUACUGGCAUGGACAAAAGACUACCAAACCUUCAAUUAUGUGGGCUUUAAUCCAAGCUUUUGGUCUUAGAUUUCUUUUAGGUGGAUUAUUCAAAGGUUUACAAGAUUGUUUAGCUUUUGUUCAACCCCAAUUAUUAAGAUUAUUGAUUCAAUUCGUUAAUGAUUAUGCUGAAUCUGUCAAACAAGGUGAUCCUUUACCUUUAACCAAAGGAUUUAUGAUUGCUGGAGCUAUGUUUGUGGUAUCAGUGUGUCAAACAGGAUUUCUUCAUCAAUAUUUCCAAAUUGCUUUUGAUUUAGGUAUGAAGAUUAAAUCAUCUUUGACUUCAGUUAUCUAUAACAAAUCUAUGGUUUUAAGUAAUGAUGCCAAACAACAAUCCAAUACCGGAGAUAUCGUCAAUUUAAUGUCGGUAGAUAUUCAAAGAAUCCAAGAUUUGGUGCAAUAUGUUCAAAUUGCUUGGUCUGGACCUUUCCAAAUCUUCUUAUGUCUUUACUCUUUACAUGGAUUAUUAGGUAAUUCCAUGUGGAUUGGGGUUUUGAUCAUGAUAGUCAUGAUUCCUUUGAAUUCCUUAUUAGCAAGAUACCAAAAGAAGUUACAAAAGACGCAAAUGAAGUAUAAGGAUGAAAGAUCAAGAUUAACUUCGGAAAUUUUGAAUAAUAUCAAAUCUUUGAAAUUAUAUGGAUGGGAAAUACCUUACUUAAAGAAGUUAAAUCAUGUUAGAAAUGAUAAAGAGUUAAAGAAUCUUCAAAAAAUCGGUGUUUUCAGUGCUUUAACAGUUAUGCUUUGGAAUUUCUCUCCAACUUUGGUCAGUUGUUCAACUUUCGGAGUGUUCAUAUUGAUUGAAAAGGGUAAAACUUUAAGUACUGAUCUUGUUUUCCCAGCUUUAGCUUUAUUCAAUUUAUUAUCAUUCCCAUUGGCUGUUAUUCCUCAAGUCAUUUCCAAUGUUAUUGAAGCUCAAGUUUCUUUGGAAAGAUUACAUAAAUUCUUACAUGGAAGUGAAUUACAAGAAGAUGCCAUUGAGAAGUUCCCACCAGUGAAAAAUAUCGGUGAUGUUUCUGUUAGUAUUAAUGAUGGUACUUUCUUAUGGGAAAAACCCAAAUCUGAAUCUGCAGGGAAAUUCUCCUUAUCUAAUAUCAACUUAAGAGCCAGAAAGGGGGAAUUGGAUUGUAUUGUUGGUAAAGUUGGAUGUGGGAAAUCAUCUUUGGUUCAAGCUAUUUUAGGUGAUUUAUAUAAAUUGGCCGGUAAAAUCCAAGUCCAUGGAAAUAUCGCUUAUGUUGCACAAGUUCCUUGGAUUAUGAAUGGUUCUAUCAGAGAAAAUAUCUUAUUUGGUCAUAAAUAUGAUCCUGAAUUCUACCAGCACGUGAUCAAGGCUUGUGCAUUAACUGUGGAUUUAAAAAUCUUACCAAAGGGAGAUCAAACUCAAGUUGGUGAAAAAGGGAUUUCAUUAUCGGGAGGUCAAAAGGCUAGAUUAUCUUUGGCAAGAGCUGUUUAUGCUAGAGCGGAUAUUUACCUUAUUGAUGAUGCGUUGUCAGCAGUUGAUGAACAUGUUGGUAAACAUUUGAUUGACCAUGUUUUAGGACCUCAUGGAUUGUUGAAAUCCAAAUGUAAGAUCUUGGCCACCAACAAUAUUGGGGUUUUAAGUAUCGCCAAUAAUUUGAAUAUGAUUUCUGAUGGGAAAAUUGUCGAACAAGGAUCUUAUGAAGAUAUUAUGCAACAACCUGAAAGUAGAUUAUUUGCUUUGAUCAAAGAAUUCGGUAAAGAGAAGAAAGAAGAAGAACAACAACAACAACAAAAGAAGGAACAAAAGGAUAAGAAUGUUGAUGGUACAGAAACUCCAGAAUUAGAUUAUGAUGAAUUAGUUUCCGAAGAUGAAAUGGAUGUUAAAUCUUUAAGAAGAGCUUCAUUAAUCUCUUUAGAUGAUAACUUGGUUGAAUUGUUAGACCAAAAAGAUGAAGAUGAAGAACUUGAAAAAAGAAGAGAACGUCUGGAACAAGGGAAAGUUAAAUGGGAUGUUUAUCUUGAAUAUGCUAAAGCUUGUAAUCCUCCUAAAGUUAUGAUUUGGUUGUUUAUGAUUUUCUGUGCUCAAUCAUUGAAUGUUAGUUCGGGUGUUUGGUUAAAACGUUGGUCUGAAGUUAAUUCCUCAGUUGGUGGGAAUCCUGAUGUUGGUUAUUAUCUUGGGAUUUAUAUGUUGAUUGGGUUUGCUACUGCGGUGGUAUUAUUGGCUCAAAGUUGUAUUGUUUGGAUUUAUUGUUCAAUUGAUGGGUCAAGAAAAUUACAUAAUGAUAUGGCUGUUAGUGUUUUAAGAGCUCCAAUGUCUUUCUUUGAAACCACUCCUAUUGGUAGAAUCUUGAAUAGAUUCUCUAAUGAUCUUUAUAAAGUCGAUGAAAUCUUAUGUAGAGUAUUUGGAAUGUUCUUCAGUAAUGCUACUAAAGUGACAUUUUCCAUCUUAGUUAUCUGUUUUUCAACCUGGCAAGUGAUUUUCUUGAUUUUCCCAUUAUUGGUGUUAUACAUGUAUUAUCAACAAUAUUAUAUGAGAACUUCAAGAGAAUUAAGAAGAUUAGAUUCAGUUUCUAGAUCACCUAUUUAUGCUAAUUUCCAAGAAUCAUUAAAUGGGGUUACUACUAUUAGAGCUUAUGGUCAAGCACAAAGAUUUAGAUUCUUAAAUGAAUUAAGAGUCGAUAAGAAUAUGAGAGCUUAUCAUCCUUCAAUCAAUGCUAAUAGAUGGUUAGCUGUUAGAUUAGAAUUUUUAGGAUCUAUCAUUAUUUUAGGUGCGGCUGGAUUUGCCAUUUUGGGUAUUAAAAGCGGCACUUUAUCUGCAGGUUUGGUUGGGUUAUCAGUUUCAUAUUCUUUACAAAUUACCCAAUCAUUGAAUUGGAUUGUUAGAAUGACAGUUGAUGUUGAAACAAAUAUUGUUUCAGUGGAAAGAAUUAAGGAAUAUUCAUCUUUGGAACCGGAAAAACCCGAAGAAAUCUUAGAAACUAAACCUGCUAAUAAUUGGCCUCAAUCAGGAGAAAUCAACUUUGUGGAUUAUUCAACAAGAUAUAGACCAGAAUUGGAUUUAGUAUUGAAGAAUAUCACUUUAUCUAUUAAAUCUAAGGAAAAAGUUGGUAUUGUUGGUAGAACCGGUGCAGGGAAAUCUUCAUUAACUUUAGCUUUAUUCAGAAUUAUUGAAGCUGUUGAUGGUCAUAUUGAUAUUGAUGAUGUUAAUACCAGUCAAAUUGGUUUAAGAGAUUUGAGACAAAAAUUAUCCAUUAUUCCUCAAGAUUCUCAGGUUUUCGAAGGUUCGAUUAGAUCUAACUUAGAUCCUUUUGAUAACUAUACUGAUGAUCAGCUUUGGAAAGCUUUAGAGUUAUCUCAUUUGAAGGAUCAUGUGUUGAAAAUGUUCCAAGAAGCUAAGACAGAAUUCGAACAAGCUGAAGAUAGAUCAACUGUUACGGAAAUUUUUAAUGCUUUAGAUGUUAAAAUGACUGAAGGUGGUUCUAAUUUAUCUGUUGGUCAAAGACAAUUAAUGUGUUUAGCUAGAGCUUUAUUGAUUCCUUCUCAUAUUUUGGUGUUAGAUGAAGCUACUGCGGCUGUUGAUGUUGAAACUGAUAAAGUCUUACAAGAAACUAUCCGUAAAGAGUUCACCGAUAGAACUAUCUUAACUAUAGCUCAUAGAAUCAACACUAUCUUGGAUUCAGAUAAAAUCAUUGUUUUAGAAAAAGGUGAAGUGGCAGAGUUCGAUUCUCCAGAAGUACUUUUGAAGAAUAAAGAUUCCUUAUUUUAUUCUUUAUGUAAGCAAGGAGGUUUUGUUGAGUAG